UUGCACCAUUUUGCUGAUAUUUCUGCUGUUCAUCCAAAAGAAGGCGUAAUUACUUGGAAACGACGGCAGCAAUGCGUCAGACCUCACGGCGGCGCAUGGUGGUGUUGUGCUUCGUGGUGGCCUUUGGCCAACUGAUGGCCACCGCCGGAGCGCAAAAUAGAACUAGUAAUGCCAAUGCCAAUGCCAAUACCACCGAUCCCCUUGAAGCAAGAGCUCUGAACGCCAUGUUCCAACGAUGGGGGAUUUCAGCCACAAACGACUGGAACAUUAGCGGUGAAUUAUGCAGCGGUGUAGCCAUAGAUGAUACUCAAGUUACAACCUUAAAUCCGGGCAUCAAAUGUGACUGCUCCUACAAUACUUGCCACAUUACUGCUCUGAGAGUUCAUGCAAUGGAUGUUACCGGUCCAAUUCCAGACGAGCUCUGGAAUUUAACCUAUAUGGAUGAUUUGAAUUUAGGCCAAAAUUAUUUGACAGGUCCAAUUCCAGCAUCCAUCGGAGCUUUGGUAAAAAUGCAUUAUCAGGGGAGAUUCCACCGGAAAUUGGAUUGUUGACUGACUUAAGAUCAUUGAGCAUUAGCACAAACGACUUCUCUGGCCCUUUGCCGUCUGAAAUUGGGAACCUCUCAAGACUUGCACAGUUAUAUAUUGAUAGCUCUGGAGUUAGUGGUCAAAUACCUCCAACAUUUGCUGAUCUACGAAGCUUGGAGACAGUGUGAGAGCACUAAUAAAACAAUCUGUCACCUUUACUUUAUUUCAACCUGU